AUGGCUUUGGUGCCCUAUGAUGAGAAUCUAGUGCCUGCGCUGUCGAAACUGCACCAGACUUCAGCUGAAUUUCAUCUGGCCAAUCACAGGAUCAGACUCAGCCAGGACUGGAACCGAUUGGGUGUCGCUGCUGUGGUCUGGGACGCAGCAGUAGUGCUCUGCAUGUUCCUGGAGAUGGGAAAGGUGGAUCUGAAAGGAAAGAGAGUUAUUGAGCUUGGAGCCGGCACAGGUUUGGUGGGCAUUGUAGCUGCUCUUCUUGGAGCCAAUGUGACAAUUACAGACCGAGAGCCUGCAUUGGAGUUUCUGGCUGCGAAUGUGCGUGAAAACAUUCCUCCCAGCCAGCAGGGGGCGGUACAGGUGUCUGAACUCACCUGGGGUGAGAAUCUCCAUCUAUAUCCCACAGGCAGCUUCGAUUUGAUCCUGGGAGCCGACAUUGUUUACCUGGAGGAGACGUUUCCCGCCCUCCUGCAGACUCUUGAACACCUGAGCUCGGAGAACACGGUGGUGGUGUUGUCCUGUCGGAUUCGUUACGAGCGCGACGAGCGCUUCCUCGUGGAGCUACGACAGAGGUUCUCUGUGCAAGAGGUCCAUUAUGACUCUCAAAGGGACAUUCACGUCUACAGAGCGGUGAAGAACACUGCAAACACUGAACUGUAAGAGCUGGAUGGAGCUUCCUGUUUGUAAUUCACAGCAUUUUAAAUACUGUCAGUAGAGGUGCAGUUGUUGGUGUAGAGCAGUGGUCGGCCACUGGCCUGCCAGGAAUAAUAUCUGGCCCAUGCCCGCAGUCAGGUUAUUUUAAAAGCGUAAGUAUUGGAACAGUAAAGACAGAAAUGUUCUGUUUGCUGUGGAAUCAAGAAAUCUGUACAUAUGAUUAAAAGAUGAAUAUGAGACAAAACUACAGAAUGUCACAUUUUAUUAUGGGUGAUUCAACACAAAGAUGUUUCACCAGCUAGGAAGAUCAGCACUUUUCGAGAUUCAUCUCAGCGUCUGAUUGCCUCUUGGGUCUUUCUAAGUGUUCAGCUGUGUCCGGUUAGGGUUAGGGCAUUAAUUCUUCAGAUAUUAAAAGCAGAGAAUAUGUCUUAUCGGUUAUAUCCAUUGCUUCUGCAGUGUAAGUCUUACAUUCGACGAUGACACACACAAACCUGGAUGAAGACGAGGAAGCUGACUCUGAAAGAAAAGCAAGCAAUUUGGAUGCUAGAAGAAAAGAGGAAGUCAAUUAGAACUAUAGGAAAAACAAAGGGCAUGAAGAAAUCAAGAGUUUGGGAACUACAGGCAACAUCAGCAACCAACGAUGACUUGAUCGGGUAAGAAAACACGAAACACAAAAGCUGUGAAAAUAAGCCCUGAAGUACAUGUCUGUAAAAUCUCCAACAACCUCCAGAAAGCUGGGAUGAUGCUCUGUCAGUCCAUAGUCCACAGGAGAAUUUGACACACAAUUACAGAAGCUACACAGCAAGAUGCAAAACUGAUCAGCGCCAAAAAUAAAAAGGCAAGAUUCUUCACAAUUGUGAGCCAGUAGAGUUUUGGAACGGAGGUAUAAAAUCACCUAUAUUCAAGAAAAUGCCACCAAACUCUUUAGAAAACAAUUCAUAUUGGAUCAGGACAGUGACCCCAAACACCCUGCCAGUUCAGUCAAAGACUUUACCAGAGCAAAGAAAUGUAAAGUCUUAUUGCCCAAAUCAAUCUCCAGAUUUAAAUCUGAUUGUACAUUAAUUUCACCAUGUGAAGAGGAGACUAAAGACAGAAGAGCACUCCCCAAAACAAGCAACAGUUGGAACUGGCUGCAUUAAAGUCAGGAGAAAAGCAUUUCAAAGCAUAAGACCAAGAGUCUGGUGAAGUCUGUGGGUUUUUGGGAUCUGCAACUAAAUAUUAGCUUUUAAUCUUUUACAUCUGCCUUAAAUUCAACUGUUCCAAUACUUCUAGCUACUCUCAUCAUAUAGUGGGGUGAACUAUAUUUUUAUUUGGUAAAACAUGUACGUGUCAAAAGACCUAAUAAUAAAAUGUGACGUUCUGUAGUUUUGUCGCAUAUUCAUCUGUUAACUGUCACCGUCCCGUAUACGGGACGCCUAAAUUUACUUCAAUAUAUUACAAUUAUAUCCUAAUCUAAUCAUGACAAACUAUAUAUCGUUGGAAAGGUCUAAGACUCCUAAAUAUAUAUUUGACCAC